GAUAGUGAGGGUACAGGUCUGUACAGAAGCAAAUGCAGGUAAGGAGAAAAGCAAACAGAUUUCAACAAGAUGGGUAUCAGUGAAUCAAAGGAAGACAUUGCUGCUCUGGAUAACGGCCAAUGGUAUGCCAAAUUCAUGAAGGAGUGCCCAUCUGGACAGCUCAGCGUUUUUGAAUGCAAGAAGAUGCUUGGUCUUGCAAAUGCCAGUGCAGAGGCCAAUAGUCAUGUUGAGAAGGUGUUUAAUAUCUUUGAUACAAAUCAGGAUGGAUUUAUUGACUUUUUGGAGUUUAUAGCUGCAAUAAAUCUAGUCAUACGAGGGAAAAUUGACCAGAAAUUGAAAUGGUACUUCAAACUAUAUGAUGCUGAUGGGAGUGGAACGAUUGACAAAAAAGAACUUCUAAGCAUAUUCUCGGCAAUUCAAACUAUCAAUGGGAACCAAGAUAUGACCCCAGAAGAAUUUGCAAACAUGGUGUUCCAGAAGAUAGAUGUAAAUAAUGAUGGGGAACUGUCAUUAGAAGAGUUCAUUAGUGGAAUAGAAAGUGAUGAAACUCUUCUGGAAGUCAUUUCAAAGAGCUUUGACCUUUCCAAUGUACUGAAAGUUAUACAAAGUGGGAGAAGACACAGUGUCUGAGACUUUCACCUUGCAAAAAGGACGUGUGGUAA